GUGUACCUGUUGGUACUUCUGCACUUCUCUACUUGUGUGGCAUGUGCGCAAAGUGUGGAGGAAUCUGCAAAAGACGUUGUAUUAAGCAAGGAAAAAAGAUUAAGAUAUAUUGAAAGUCAUAUUAAUGCCACACGUAAUAACACAUUUGUUAACUUGUUUAAAUGGAGGCGUGAAAGGAAAUUAUUCAGUAAUAAUACUGAACUUGCCAAAUCUGCUGCAGAGGAAGCCGAUAAUAUGUGCCAACAGAUUGAAACUGUGAUAAAGAAGAAAAGAGCGGGCACUCUGAAUGUAAGCGAUCUCGCUGGGAAUCUAACUGAAGGGUUGCUAAAGAAUGCUACAGAUGCAGUGCAAAAAGUCAGGGAUGCUGUUGGCAAGCUGAGAAGAUCAGCGUCCACGCUAAGGGAGUUGGGCAAUUCUUUUUAUGAGGCGUAUGACAAUUUGAGCAGUUUGAUAUGGGCUCAUAAGCCUGCGUUGGAGAGAUAUUUAAUUGCAAUUAAUGAUACAAAAGAGCAGGAAGUCAACAUGACCAAACAAAAGAUGGUCGCUCGAAAGAGCGAGAGGAAACGGAAAAAGGCAGAGACACUCAAGGAACGUGCCAUUCACGCCGGUAAACAGUGUUUUCAGUUUGAGAGGGAGGCGAAUUCGCAAGCUGUAAGUGCGGAAAACAAAAUGAGAAAGCUUGAAAAUCUUAUACAUCGGGUCAAAGCUCUCUUUCCAAUACAAAUUUCUCCAACCACGGCAAAGGUACCAGAGAAUGUUUCGCAAGAUGUGAAAAAUAAUCAAACGUCUGAGAAAGUGAGCAAAGUGCCCGAAAAAACCGAAGGGACCAACGGCGCCAAAGCGACUAAAGCCCCCGAAGUGACUGAAAAACCCGCAGUGACUGAAGUGCCCGAGGUGACCACAGAAGAGCCUAAGACAACUGAGAAGCCACGCACAACAAGGAAUGUGGAUGGAGCAGUAACUACCCCGUCAGCUACUGUCCACCCGAAGGAUGUCUUGCGUACGAUUGUCGCACGGUUAAGUGACGGCAGCAGCAGUCCUGCAUUGGUGCACAGUCCCUUAUUGCUGCUUCUUGUUUCGAUGUGUGUGCUGGGCUGCACUGCGGUGUUCUAA